UCAUUCAACGCAUUCUCUUUCCAUUUUCUGUUUGCUGAUAGACCAUGGGAACUGUGAUUUUCGGAUCAGGAUUUGUGAUCGCCUUUUGCCUUGUUGGAGCAGGGUAUACGAUUGUUGGAGGCCUGUCCAUGUUGGUCGUAGCACUCGCCUGUGCUAUUGAGUACUUGUAUGUUCCUAUGCCUGCUACUGCCGAAGAAAAGUUUCAAAGACAGAAGUUUUUGGCGGGAUUACGACUCCGUAAUCUCUGGAAAAAAUUGCAGGUUUGGCGGGGGAAAGAACAUGAAAUGCAGAUCGUUCGUGGGAAUAUCUACCCAGAAAUCACUAGCAACCCACCGGAUUUAGGAAUUUCAACAGAAGACACAGCAAUAGAAGGAGUACCUGUUCGUAUCUAUCGCCCGGCCGAUAUGAGAGAUGUAGAGAGGCUUCCAGGGGUUAUUUAUCUUCAUGGAGGGGGCUUCUGUUCGGAUGAAUUUGGUUACUACGAUGUUAUGAUCAGACGGAUGUUCAAACUGAGGAGGAUGAUAUUUGUUUACGUGAGAUAUCGUCUGGCGCCGGAAUUUCCAUUUCCCGCUGCGGUGGACGAUUGUUUCGCUGUAACACGAUACGUACAGAGAAAUACCGAAGAACUUAAUAUGGAUUCUGAAAAACUUGUCCUGAUGGGGGAUGGUGCAGGUGCAAAUUUGACCAUGAAUAUGUUGACAAGAAUGAUAACGGAAGCUGUACCCGAUCUACCAAAGUUCAAAGUUCAGAUAGCCUUGGUUCCAUUUAUUCAAGCUUUGAGUUUUAUGACUCCGUCUUAUCAAAUUUAUGACAAUCAUAAAGCUCCAACUUUUCCGAAUGCUGAGUUUAUGUUAAAAUUCUUGAUCACAUAUGCGCUUGGUUUUGCGACUCUUGACAAUUCUGAAAUAGGGAAGUUACUGGAAAAUGCCCACUGGACUGACGAAAUCAGGAAGUCUUAUUAUCCAAAACUCGUUAGUAGUGAUGUCCUUCCGAAAAGUUUGGAGAAACCGACGAUUAAGAAGACGAUGUCUAAGAUAACGGAUUCCGGAUUGGCAAGAAAGUUGAACGACAAGUUUCCGAAUCCUUUGUUCUCACCUCUGUUUGCUGAUGACGAAAUUCUCAAAAAGUUACCAAAAACGUACAUUUUGUCCACGGAGAUAGAUUGCAUACGAGACGAUGCAUUUUUCCUCGCAGACAGAUUGCGUAAACUGGAUGUUGACGUCACGCAUCGUCACUGGAGCGGAAUGGACCAUCCAUUUCUGUUCCUCGAGUUUUAUAAGAACUCUUUUAAAGCGUUAAAGGAAAUCGUAACUUAUUUGGAUAAAAACUUGUAGAAAGGAAUCCAUGCAAUUUUGUGUGUGGAAUAAUUCUUCAUGUACUUGAAUUUCUCAUUGAAAACUUGCUUAUUAUAAACACUUAUGUACGUAUUUGUGAAAUAACAUGAACAUGAAAUUUCUCUGCGUACACAGAAAUAGGUGCUUAUAAAGUUGGAAUUGCAUCUAAAUAUAAGAACAACAACCCUAGA